AUUGGCCGGUGCGGCCGAUCAGCCCCUCCCCGCGCGGGGAAGCGAAUUGGGCGGCUUGGCCCAGGCGGGCCGCAGAGGAAGGCUGCAGCCUGAGCGCGCGACACUCGGAUGCGGUCUUGACACCCUUCAUUCCCUUGCAUCACCCAGUAAAUCUAGGUCGGUGCUGUGCCACGUUUGGUCUACGGGUUCCGCUCUCCAUCUUUCCACCCCUGUUUCCUGCCUGUAUCGGUGUAGCCCCCACCCUUACCCCCACCCUGGAGCGCUCCUUGGACACCGCAUGUGUGGUCCUGUUGCUCCCAGCCACAGAGCCCUGUAAGCCCUCCCACCCUGGAUAGAUACAUGUGUGUGGAGAACACCUCCUAACCUUGUAGUACAUGCUGAUCGAUUCACUCAAAAGGAUAGACGCGACAUCAGUCAUGAAUCAUUAACAGCGAAGUGAACACAUUUAAGCCCACUGCCCACAUUAGGAGCGGAAAGACCCCGGGCCGUCCUGCCGUCCUGCAUCCCAGCUUGCCUCUGGGCCCUCACAGGGAACCUGCCCAAGGCCCACCUCCAGACUCUCUACCUUGGCUUUGCCUUGCUGUUUCUGGAUGCAGCUGGUCAGAACCAACCACCGGAUUUGGUGCAGGCUGGGGCCACGCAGAGCCUCACCGGCUGGCAGUUGACGGUUGAUCCCCUGGCCUGGUGGCUCCUGAUGGAGGACGGAGGCCCCCCUGAGAGCCUGGCUGCACAGACCACCUGUGAGCCCAGCGAGUCCCUGUCCUCGGCCCACAGACACCUGAGCAGAAGGAAUGGGCUUUCGAAGCUCUGCCAGAGCAGGACGGCCCUCUCUGAGGACAGAUGGAGCGCCUACUGCCUGUCGUCCCUGGCUGCCCAGAACAUCUGCACGAGCAAACUACACUGCCUGGUGGCGCCCGAGCAGACGGAAGCGGCCGGGUCCCUGGGCAGCAUGUCCUGCUGCUCGCUGCUGCGGGGCUUGUCCUCGGGGUGGUCCACGCCCCUGCUCCCCGCCCCUGUGUGCAACCCGAACAAGGCCGUUUUCACCGUGGACGCCAAGACCACAGAGAUCCUGGUUGCCAACGACAAGGCGUGCCAGCUCCUGGGGCACAGCAGCCACGCCCUGAUCGGCCAGCGGCUCACGCAGUUCUUCCUGAAGCCGGACUCCGACGUGGCGAAGGCCCUCAGCGAGGAGCACGUGGAGGCCGACGGCCGCGCCGCAGUCGUGUUCGGCACCGUGGUGGACAUCGUGAGCUGUGGCGGGGAGAAGAUCCCGGUGUCCGUGUGGAUGAAGAAGGUGAAGCAGGAGCGCGGCCCGUGCUGCGUGGUCGUGCUGGAGCCGGUGGAGCGGGUGUCGGCCUGGGUCACCUUCCAAAGCGACGGAACCAUCACGUCGUGCGACAGCCCCUUUGCUCUCCUGCAUGGGUUCGUGUCCAGCGAGGAGGUGCUCGGGCAACGCGUCACAGACCUGAUCCCUUCUGUGCAGCUGCCCCCGCCCGGCGAGCCCGUCCCACAGAAUCUCAAGAUCCAGAGGUCUGUCGGGAGAGCCAAAGAUGGCACCACCUUCCCCCUGAGCUUAAAACUGAAAUCUGAGUGUGGCGGCGAGGCGGUGGGCGGCAGCAGGGCAGUCCCCGAGUGCAGUUACUCGGCAUCCGUCUGGGUGUUCUCCACCAUCAGCGGCCUCAUCACCCUCCUGCCCGACGGCACCAUCUAUGGCAUCAACCACAGCUUUGCACUGAUGCUGUUUGGUUACGGGAGGACGGAGCUCCUGGGCAAGAACAUCACUUUCCUGAUCCCCGGCUUCUACCACUACAUGGACCUUGUGCGUGACGGUUCCUUACCACUGCCAGACCUGGCCGACCGCUUGGAUAUCGGCACCCAGAGCAGGCCCGGGGAGACAAGUGCGGGCCCCUGGCAGGGCCAGAACCUGGCUGGCGCGGCCUCAGGUCCAAGGGUUGGCGGCACGCUCGCCGGAGACCGCGUUCAGCCGCAGGGCGAGGCCCCGGAGCGAGGGGGGGCCCCGGAAGCCGUCGUGGGCACCCAGGCUGCCGCGGACCCUGGAGACCGCCUGCCCCCUUCCCUCCCGCGUCUGCCGACUCCAACUUCGGGAGUGGAAAGCAUCCCAGGAGGAAGCCCACCAGCCCAUAGACAACAGUUGUCACCCGGGGGCCAGCAGGACAUCCCAGAUGGAAGCCCACCAGCCCAUAGACAACAGUCGUCGCCCAGGGACCAGCAGGACAUCCCAGGAGGAAGCCCACCAGCCCAUAGACAACAGUCGUCGCCCAAGUACCAGCAGGACAUCCCAGAUGGAAGCCCACCAGCCCAGAGACAACAGUCGUCACCCAGGGACCAGCAGGACAUCCCAGAUGGAAGCCCACCAGCCCAGAGACAACAGUCGUCACCCAGGGACCAGCAGGACAUCCCAGAAGGAAACCCACCAGCCCAUAGACAACAGUCGUCGCCCAGGGACCAGCGAGACAUCCCAGGAGGAAGCCCACCAGCCCAUAGACAACAGUCGUCACCCAGGGACCAGCAGGACAUCCCAAGAGGAAGCCCAUCAGCUCAGGGAUGGUCAUCACCUGAGGACCAGCGAGACAUCCCAGAAGGAAGCCCACCAGCCCAUAACCAGCAGUCAUCGCCCAAGGACCAGUGGAACACUCUCUUGGGGCAAGAGGAACCUGCAUCUCCAGAGAGCCUCAGACAGGACCUUGUGGGAAGAAGCAGGUGUGACCCAGUGGUCACAUGGACGUGUGCUUCCCACGGAGGACAUGAGACCCCAGCUCUAGCUGAGGGCAGGAGUAGAAACGCUGAACUGUGUGGCCUCUAUCAGGAGGCUCAGCUAGAGUGGACAGGGUUGAGUAGUGCCAGCAGUUCCAACCAUCGGGCUGAUUCCGUCAUGCCCGAGCCCCGUGCCGCGGGCCAGCUGGCAGCGGAGGGGCUCCCGAUGCCCUACCCUGGGUAUGGGGGCGAGCAGAGCACGCAGCCAGGAAGCCCGCCUGGGACAGUGCGACUCCUGUUCUCAACGCCGACGCUGGAUGAGCCCUGGGUGGCUGUGGAGAAUGACCGAGAGGAGAUACAGACGUGCUUGCUUAAGGAGCAGCUGUCCAGACUGAGCUUUGUGGGGCCCCUGGGUGUCUCUUACAGCGAGCUGGCCUCAGCAGAGCACCCCCCGCUCCCGCCCCCCGUGUCGUUGUGUGACCCGGGAGGCAGGGACCUCUGCAGCCGCGUGGGCAGCUCCUCCGCCUACUAUGCCCUGGCCACAGACCUCCCCGGGGUCCUGGACACAGUGCAGGCCCAGGAGGCCGAUGGGAAUUCCUUCUCCUGGAACCUCAAGGAACUGCGUUUCAGUGAGUGGGCAGAUGGAACUUCGUCCACCUGUUCCUGCGCUGCAUCCGAGCUUGUGGGCACGCCCUCCCCCUCGCCGGCGGGCUCCGAUGUGGACGUGAGUGGUCUGCACGGACGGAGGCCGGAUGUUCUGGAUGAUAGGGAGCUGUUGCUCCUGACCGGCACGUGCUGGCAUCUCGGGGAGGCUCGGCAGUUUCACGAGAGCCGUCUGGGGCCCGAUCGAGUGGAGCUCUCGGAGACCUGUCUGGAGUCCUCGGAGCGCGGGGAAGGGCGUGGCAGAGAGAGCCCACCGUGCAUGCUUCCCGCGCCGGGGGCUGGCCCCGUGGACGUGUGCCCGUCAGAGGAGCCCAGGCUGAGUUUCCAGGUCACCUCCACGCCUGUGAGAGACGACAGCCUGGUGGCACCCGGGGACAUGUGCACGCAGCACAGGAUCCAGGAGGGGACCUACGCCGGCAGCUGCUACCACCGGGACGGAGUACAGCUGAGUGUGCAGUUUGAGGUGAAGCGCGUGGAGCUCCAGGGCGCGGCGACCCUGUUCUGCUGCUGGCUCGUCAAAGACCUGCUGCACGGCCCCCGGGACUCGGCCACGCGCGCCUGCCUGCUGCUGGCCAGCCUGCCCGGCUCCAGCCACUCCGUGUGCGAGGCCUCCGGCUCCAGCAUCGGGGAGGGUCUGAGAAGCAAGCCCUGGUUCGACGACGCCCCCAGGGCCGUGGAGCUGGAGGGGCAGGAGGCCUGCGAGGGCGCGUACUCCCACAAGUACCUCACGCUGAGCCCGCUGGGCAGCGGGGCCUUCGGCUUCGUCUGGACGGCGGUGGAUAAGGAGGCCAACAAGGAGGUGGUGGUGAAGUUCAUCAAGAAGGAGAAGGUUCUGGAGGAUUGUUGGAUCGAGGAUCCCAAACUUGGAAAAGUCACCUUAGAGAUUGCCAUUCUGUCCAGGGUGGAGCACGCCAACAUCAUCAAGGUGUUGGACGUAUUUGAGAACCAAGGGUUCUUUCAGCUGGUGAUGGAGAAGCACGGCUCCGGGCUGGACCUCUUCGCGUUCAUUGACCGUCACCCCAGUCUGGACGAACCUCUGGCGAGUUACAUCUUCCGGCAGCUGGUGGCGGCGGUGGGCUACCUGCGCUCCAAGAGCAUCAUUCACCGCGACAUCAAGGACGAGAACAUCGUCAUCGCCGAGGACUUCACCAUCAAGCUCAUCGACUUCGGCUCCGCCGCCUACUUGGAGAAGGGCAGGCUGUUUCACACGUUCUGUGGGACCAUCGAGUACUGCGCACCCGAGGUCCUCAUGGGAAACCCGUACAAGGGGCCGGAGCUGGAGAUGUGGUCGCUGGGGGUCACGCUGUACACGCUGAUCUUUGAGGAGAACCCCUUCUGCGAGCUGGAGGAGACCAUGGAGGCCAUGAUCCACCCCCCAUACCUGGUGUCAGAAGCUCUCAUGCACCUCAUAUCUGGGCUGCUGCAGCCUGUCCCUGAGCAGCGCACCACCUUGGAGAAGCUGGUGACAGACCCCUGGGUGAUCCAGCCCGUGAACCUUGCUGACUACACCUGGGAUGAGGUGUGUCGAGUGAACAAGCCAGGUGAGGCACGGCCCGUGUGCCCGGAAAGCGGCCCUCCUGGGUCUGGGGAGGACCAAGCCCCCUCCUCCAUGCUGUUCUGGGCACAAAUGUCGGGACCUCCAGCCGAUCAGAACCAGCGUUCAGAGGCCCCUGGACCCCACUGGGGCCGGGGCCUUAGAAGAAAGCGGAGCCCUGUCCGCCGGGAGUCUGGAGCUGGAGGGCAGGUGCGCCGGGGAGCUGGCCUGGGCUGCGGGGCCGGGCGGGCCCCUGUGUCCCCCGGGAGGCCCCUGACGCCCCAGCGCCGCUGCCCUGCUCCUCGGCGGCGCCCGGGGCCUGGGUUUCCAGGCCGCAGCGGUCGGAGGAAGGGAGUCCCGCGGCCCGGGCCACCGCGCCGGCCGGGGCAGCAGCGCGGGGCAGCGCCCAGCCUGACGAGCGGAGCGCCGGGAGGCCCUACGGGGGCCGGGCGCGCCUGCCCAGCGGCCGGGUGCUCCGGCGCUUACCCGAACCCGAGCCGGAACCCGAACCCGAACCCGAACCGCUAGGGCGUCGGGGUCGUUCAUCCUUCCGGUCUAGCACGCGCCUGUCGUCGUCGUCGUCGUCGUCGUCGUCGUCUCCUGACUUUUCCGGACACUCUUUGUCGGUUCCCUCCGCCUCUGCCUUGACGCGUGCUCGUCGGGGCGCGGGCCGAGACCUGGUUACCCGCGCCCCCCGGCUGCGUCCUUGCCUCACGUCUGGAUAUUUCCCAGAUUAAAGCAGUUUUGCAGCGAA